GUCUACACAAGUCUAGGGUAUUUUGCCGGGUGAAAAUCGGGCUAUUCGUAUUGUAAAUCGCAGCCCGACCGGUACACGCCACGGCCGACGACCACAAGGUUCUGGGCCCGCGCGUAAUCGUCAUCGACAGGGUUGUUCGAGUGCUUGAAGUGUUUCGGAUUUCGGAACGUUUGGACCGCAACGAGGUUCGUUUGAAUUCGGGCGCGCUCGUACGCCGAACAGCGACUCGUCGACCGGCAGCGGCGCUCUGUACCGCUCGUACUCGGUCGGUGUCAUUCGUCGGAAUCCGAAAGAGCCGGAACGUUUGACUGCAAAUCGUUGCCACUUGCCGCCGCACGCACACAUACACAGCAGUUCACUCACACACAUGCCGGUGCGCGCGCGCACACGCACAAUCAUCCGUAUCCGUACGAACGAUCGCUUCCGUCCGUAUGUUUUGCUUCUGCUGCUGCCAGUGGUGACGUUUAUUGUCCAGCGGACGGUGUGAGACGUGAUUGUGCGUUGUGCGUGUGUCGUCACCGCCGCGAUAUCGUCGCAGGUGUAAUUAUAUAGUCCGUCGUCGUUUAUCCGACGUUGGACCGUUGUCGUCUUCGGUGAGACACAUUCGUUCGCACUAGCUCUUCGCUGAUGUCAACGAUGGCCGGCAACAUGGGCAUGGAACAGUUGAUACCCAUCGUGAACAAGCUCCAAGAUGCGUUCACCCAGCUGGGCGUGCACAUGCAGCUUGACCUACCCCAGAUCGCGGUGGUCGGUGGUCAGAGUGCUGGUAAAAGUUCUGUGCUGGAGAACUUUGUGGGAAGGGAUUUUCUUCCAAGAGGUUCUGGGAUUGUAACUCGUCGUCCUCUUAUUCUUCAAUUGAUUAAUAGUACAUUGGAAUAUGGAGAAUUUCUUCAUUGCAAAGGAAAAAAGUUUGCAGAUUUUGAUGAAAUUAGACGUGAAAUAGAAAAUGAAACUGAUCGCAUGACUGGAUCUAAUAAAGGAAUUUCAAACAUACCAAUAAAUUUGAGGGUAUAUUCUCCUAAUGUGUUGAACCUGACCCUUGUUGAUUUGCCUGGUAUGACAAAAGUACCUGUUGGGGACCAACCUCCCGACAUAGAGCAUCAAAUAAGAUCAAUGUUAUUCACUUUUGUUAAACGAGAUAAUUGCCUGAUUUUGGCUGUAACGCCAGCUAACCAGGAUUUGGCCAACAGUGAUGCAUUAAAAAUUUCUAAAGAAGUGGACCCUGAAGGUAUGCGAACUAUUGGUGUCAUAACAAAAUUGGAUCUGAUGGAUGAAGGAACUGAUGCUAGAGACAUACUGGAGAAUAAGCUUUUGCCUCUCAGACGUGGUUACAUUGGUGUAGUAAACAGAAGUCAGAAAGAUAUCGAUGGUCGUAAAGAUAUAAAAGCUGCUUUGAGUGCAGAAAGAAAAUUUUUUUUGGGACACCCAGCUUAUAGACACAUGGCUGACAGACUUGGCACACCUUAUUUGCAAAGAGUUUUGAAUCAACAGCUCACAAAUCAUAUUAGAGAUACAUUGCCAGGGCUUAGGGAUAAAUUACAAAAACAAUUACUUACAUUAGAAAAAGAUGUGGAACAGUUUAAAUAUUUUAGGCCAGAUGAUCCCGCCAUCAAAACCAAAGCAAUGUUACAAAUGAUUCAACAACUUCAAUCUGAUUUUGAACGCACAAUUGAAGGUUCUGGUUCUGCUCAGAUAAAUACCAAUGAACUAUCUGGAGGUGCUAAAAUUAAUCGUUUGUUCCAUGAACGUUUCCCAUUUGAAAUUGUGAAAAUGGAAAUUGAUGAAAAAGAAUUAAGGAGAGAAAUAGCAUUUGCCAUCAGAAACAUUCAUGGUAUAAGAGUGGGCUUAUUUACACCUGAUAUGGCAUUUGAAGCUAUUGUGAAAAAACAAAUCGCUAGAUUGAAAGAACCAUCACUGAAAUGUACUGAUCUCGUUGUUAAUGAAUUAUCUAACGUAGUUAGAAUUUGUACAGAUAAGAUGUCCAGGUAUCCACGUUUACGAGAAGAAACAGAACGUAUAAUUACAUCAUAUAUUCGUAAUCGUGAACAAAUGUGUAAAGAACAGUUAAUCUUAUUGGUUGAAUGUGAACUAGCCUAUAUGAAUACAAACCAUGAAGAUUUUAUUGGAUUCGCAAAGUAUGUAACACUUGAAUGUAUUUCAACUAUAAUAAAAAUUAUUAAUUUAUUAUGUAUUAUAAUAUUGUAUUGUAGUGCACAACAGUCAUCUGAUAACUCUAACAAAACUCAUAAGCUUGGCAAUCAGGUGAUACGUAAAGGAUGGAUGUGUAUACAUAAUUUGGGCAUUAUGAAAGGAGGAUCUAGGGAUUAUUGGUUUGUUUUAAUGUCCGAAAACAUCUCAUGGUUCAAAGAUGAAGAGGAAAGAGAAAAGAAAUAUAUGUUACCAUUAGAUGGAUUGAAAAUCAAAGACGUCGAACAAGGUUUUAUGUCACGUCGUCAUACAUUUGCACUAUUUAAUCCAGAAGGCCGUAAUGUUUACAAGGACUACAAACAGCUUGAAUUGAGUUGUGAAACACAAGAUGAUGUAGAUUCUUGGAAGGCAUCAUUUUUACGUGCAGGUGUUUAUCCAGAAAAGUCAUCAGAUGUAUCCAACAGUGAUGAGGAUGGUCGUGAGAGCAGUACAGAAUCAACUACAUCUAUGGAUCCAGUUUUGGAAAGACAAGUGGAGACUAUUAGAAAUUUAGUUGAUUCAUAUAUGAAAAUUGUUACAAAAUCUUGUCGUGAUCUAGUCCCUAAAAUUAUUAUGCAUUUGAUCAUAAACAACUCAAAAGAUUUUAUAAAUGGAGAACUAUUAGCUCAUCUAUAUGCAUCUGGUGAUCAGUCUCAAAUGAUGGAAGAAAGUGCAGAAGAAGCCGUAAAACGUGAGGAAAUGAUGCGCAUGUACCAAGCAUGUAAAGAAGCAUUGAGAAUUAUUGGCGAUGUUUCAAUGGCUACUGUUACCACACCCGUUCCACCACCAGUCAAGAAUGAUUGGCUUGCAUCUAGUCUUGAUAACCCAAGGUUGUCUCCACCAAGUCCCGGUGGUGCUGGACGUAGAGGAGUACCUUCUAACCCAACACCUGCAAAUGCUGCAUCAAGAGCACCUCCUCCACCUCCAGCUUCGGGAAGACCAGCUCCAGCAAUACCUAAUAGACCUGGGCCUGAGCAGGGACGACAACCUCCUGCUCCACCUGGUAGGCCUGGUGGCCAGGGACUUCCUCCUCCUUUAAUUCCUUCGCGAGGAUCAAUGCCGCAAAUACCGCAACGUGUACAGCAAGCUGUCGGCCAAGCUGUGGCACAAGUAGCUGUCAAUGAGCUUACCAAUGCUUUUGCCAACCGUUUCAAAUAAGCUGUAUAUUUCAUUUACUAGAAAUAUACAUGGCAUGCACGCGGAGAAAAUGUCUAAACUUGAUUUAUCUUCUAUUUAAGAAGCAGGGGAAUGCCCAAAAAACAAGACAUAACUUUUUUUAUUUAAAAAUUAAAAAAAAAUUACUAUAGAUUUUAAUAUCCAUCCCUCUUAGGCUAAUUCAUUUAAAAUGUUUAAAAUAUAGUCUAGAUGUGAUGUACGUAUGAAAUGUGAUUCUUAGUAAUUGAAUGUUUACGCAUAAACUCGAUUUUUUUUCUUUUGUUAUGUAUAUAAGAUAAUAAUAUUAUUACCGAAGGCCUCGUUAUUUAUUUAUAAUUUUUAAGGCAAAGAGGUCCUGUUAUUGUUAUUAUUAUAAUUUAUUAUCAUUCCAUUAUUAAAUUUAUCUAUUUAAUUUUAAGCGCAAUUAGGGGUUUUCUGUUUUUUUUUUUCUAACAUGAAUCCCUAUAAACAAUCACAUUUUAAGUAUGUAAUAUGUAUUAUGUAAUCAGUUAUUUUAAUUAUUGAGCGACAUUUAUUUUUAUAAAGUCGAAAAGGUUAUAUUUUUAUUGUCAGUAUACAAAAAUGAAGCUAUUUAAAAUUAAUUAAUAUAUUGUUAAUUAUUUAGUUACCAGAGUUCCUGAUGUUAAAUACAGAGACUAGUGUAAUUAUAAUAAGUAAUAACGAAUGGUAAUGAACAUAGUGAAAAACAAUUUUAUUCAAUGAAAUGAUAUAUUAUACAUUUAUUUGUUGAUAAAUUACUUUUAGACGUGGCAAAUUAAUUAUCUUAAAUUUUUUAAAUAUUUUCAGUUAAAAUAAAGAGAGUAUAUUACUAAUUAAUAUAACUAACUUAAGUAUAUCCUACCUAAUUUGCAAUAUUUGGCUUUGCACCACUGAAUCCAUAGUGUGACUAAUUUACAAUAUAUUAGUAUAUUGUAUUAUAAAGAGCAAUAAUUGGAUGUUGUUUAAAAUAAACAAUUAAAACAAACUUAUAUUAAACAUAUUUUAUGUCAUCGUUAUUGAAAAAAAUUGUUAAGUCUUUUCAAUUGUAUUAGACAAAAAAAAGACUUUGAAACUUUUAUAUAAUAAGAUAAUCAUUAAGUGUAUGUUACAGAAUAGGCAUUUUUAGGUUAUAUAUUCUGAUAUAAUUGUAUUGUUAAGUCAAUUACUUUUUUGAUGAAAUACGACAUAAAUAGUUUUUUGUGUUUCUAGUAAUUUGAUUGCUUUUUAAUAUUAAAAUAAUCAUAAGCGAUUUUUGUGAGUUUGAGCUAAAACCACAGUCGUUCACUUCAGCUUUCAUGCAAUUUUGUAGCUUACAUAACAUAAUGUUCAUACCUCAGGGAAACUCCCUAUUCUCUAUUUAAUUUUACUACCACAAUACUUUUUUUAUAAUACGGUCUUUCAUUAAAUGUUGUUAAAAUAAAUUCUUUAAAAUUUCUCACAUCAUAACAAGACUGAUAACAAUUGUGAUUGAACUAUAGGCCAAAUUCACAAUUCUCUGUCACACUGCGAAUUCAAAGUGAGUUAUUAAUUUAUCGUACUGUACUGAUAACUUGCGAGUAACUCAACUUCGAAACCUAACCAAAAUUUGACGGCAGAGAUCGUUUUGUACCGUAUUUACUGGCAAUAGGUGUAAAAUUUAAUUAUAAAAUUAAAAUUAAAAUUUUUAAUCCUUGUAACGUAUACAUAACUAAAUAUUCCACUCAGAAUUCACUAGUUGCCGACCACUGAUAUUUAGAAGUUUUGACCUAUGUUAUCGAUAUGGUGACUUAACUUAACGCCGUUGUAUUUAAUGUACCUUACUAUAUCAAUAAUAGCAAUAACGAAGUGGUUUUUGGGUAUUGCAUUUCAUUACAGUGAAUGACCAUGUGUUUUAGUUCCAACUCAAAAUGAUUGGCUUUUAUAUUAUGUAAUAAUAAUAACGCUCAUUAAAUAUUAACCAUUUACUUUACCAUCGAUUUAAAUUUAAAUUAAUAAUAUUGUUAUCUCUGAAUAUUAUAUAUACAAGACACUUGCAAAAAAAAAAUGAUGUACCUUAGACGAACUUGUCGGAUUGUAGCAAUAAACGAAAAAAAAGAAAAUUGUA